AACACAACUCAUCGCCAGCAGUCGUCACAUGAUACCGAUAGGUGAGAUUUCCUUUCGGUGUCUCGGAUGCAGAAAUUAAAAGAUUUGUCGGAGAAAAUUGUCGCGCCCGUAAAUUGACGAGUGUCGACCGUAAAUUGACAGGACUUUAGAUAUAAUUUGUAAUUGAAUAAAAGUGUUACAAUGGCGAAUAUGAGAUAUAUUUUGGGUAGCACAUUUGCAGUCACCUCCUCGAUCACGAUUCUUAUUUUAGUUUUGUAUUAUGUAUUUACUGGAAAAGGAGAGCAAAUUAGUAUUGCAUGGUUCUUGUCGAAUACUUCCCCAUACAUGUGGUCUACACUAGGUAUAGGCUUGUCAGUAGCUUUGUCUGUAGUAGGUGCAGCGUUAGGUAUUCAUACGACAGGAGUAUCUAUUGUCGGUGGAGGUGUAAAAGCACCUAGGAUCAAGACAAAGAAUUUGAUUUCCGUGAUCUUUUGCGAGGCUGUAGCUAUCUAUGGCCUGAUUACUGCCAUUGUUUUGUCUGGAAUGCUUGAAAAAUUCACUUACACUGAGGCUAUGGCAAACGAAGAGCUUAAGAAUCAGAACUGGUUGGCUGGAUACUUAAUGUUUGGUGCUGGUCUCUCCGUUGGUUUGGUCAAUCUUUUCUGUGGCAUAGCAGUUGGCAUUGUAGGUUCCGGCGCAGCUCUAGCCGAUGCAGCAAAUUCCGCUCUUUUUGUGAAGAUUCUUAUAGUUGAGAUUUUUGGAUCUGCUAUUGGACUUUUCGGUUUAAUUGUCGGUAUUUAUAUGACUUCCAAAGUGAAAAUGGGUGACAAAGUAUAAAUUAUAAGAGAUCAUAACGUUUCAUUCCAUAUUUAGUCAGUGAAAGAUUAUAAUGACUGCAUCUAUAAAAUCGUUAUGAAAUGAUAAGAAAUUUCUAGAUACCAAUAUAUGAAUUACUGUGUAUCUAUAUAAUUCCAUUUGUGCAAUUUUCAUGGAGCUCUAAUUUAACAUUCAUACUAAUUUAUAAUUAUGAAUGUUGUACUUUAUUGUCUAUAUUGUUUUAAACAUGUAUUUCCAUUUCUAUUGAAACAGAAAAAUGACAGAUUAAGUAGAAAUUAUAAACAUGAAUGUUUAUCAAUAUUAGAAAACAAUAUAAUUUUUUGUUUCACAUUCUGAAUAUGUUAUAACAUUCACUUUUACAUAA